ACUAUACUUAUUCUAACUAAUUUCUCUUUUUUUUCCGAAGUUGAAAAAAGUCUUUGAAAGCAUUGGGGAAAUUAUAGGAAAGUUCAUUAUUUAGUGGGUUUUGAUUCGAUUUCUAUGAAAAAAAAAAAAUAAUUACAAAAUUAAGAAGAGAAAGAUAAUAUUCGGACUUUAUAAGGAGAAAAAAAAUUGGUCCUAAUUAAAUUGACAACAAAGGCAUCAACAAAAGUGGUGACGAAGCCCAAGAACGCGAUUACGGUGUAGAGCUAAACAAAAAGAAAAACGGGAAAAAAGUAAUCAGUCGGUGUGAAAAAUAUUUAAUUAAACCACAAUAAGACGAUUUUGUAUUAAUACAGAUUUUUUGAGGCUAUGGAAAGCCCAUGUGAAUCAGAAAGCUCCUUGGAUGGAGGCACCAUGUUACCGCCUAGUCCAGUAUCUCGAGAGCAAUUGCAGAAACGCAUUGAAUCAUUGACUCAACAAAACAAAGUCCUCAAAGCUGAGUUGGAUACUGUAAAAAUAAAAUGUAAAGUGGUACAAGAAGAGAAUCGCACGCUCAAGCAAGCUUCCGUAAUUAUUCAAGCGAAGGCUGAACAGGAGGAAGAAUAUAUUUCAAAUACUUUGUUAAAAAAAAUUCAAGCGUUGAAAAAAGAAAAAGAGACUUUAGCUCAUCAUUAUGAGCGAGAAGAAGAGUGUUUAACGAACGAUUUAUCUAGAAAAUUAGAUCAGUUGCGUCAAGAAAAAUGCAAAUUAGAACAAACUCUUGAACAGGAGCAGGAAUGUUUGGUUAAUAAGUUGAUGCGCAAAAUUGAGAAGCUUCAAGCGGAAACUGACAACAAACAGACCAAUUUGGAUCAAUUGCGUCGUGAGAUGGUUGAACUUGAAAAUACCUUAGAGCAAGAACAAGAGGCUUUGGUUAAUAAAUUAUGGAAACGCAUGGAUAAAUUAGAAACUGAGAAGCGACUCUUGCAAAUCAAGUUGGACCAGCCAGUUUCCGAUCCAACUACACCUCGCGACAUCACCAAUGCUAAUGGUGACACUGCCUCAAAUCUCAGUGCUCAUAUUCAAACUCUUCGCUCGGAAGUGAUACGUUUGCGGGCCAAUCUUGCCGCAGCUGAAAAGGAGACAACAAAGAAACUACAGCAAUUCGCUCAAGAAGAGAAAUCUAUUCGCGAAGAGAAUGCACGUUUGCAACGCAAAUUAAAACAGGAAGUAGAGAGGCGCGAAGCCCUGUGUCGUCAUCUGUCCGAAUCGGAAUCAUCAUUAGAAAUGGAUGAGGAACGUUUUUAUAAUGAAAAUCUAUUAUCUAGCGGUGCUCCGUUAGGAGCCCCUGUUGUCAAUGCGCAUCGCCAACGUACUAUAAGCAGCCCGGUUUCGCACAGCCCAUCAAACAGCCGCCCAUUAAGUCCAGGCACUUCCCAGCAAAAUCGUUGCUAUGCCUGUGGGCAAAUGAUUAAUCGUCGUGCAAGCGAACGCUUCAUAAAGCCAGCACUGCCAACACCAAUGUUGGGUGUAAACAAUUCAACCUCCACUAUGUUACCGGGCUCUACAGGUGCGGCCGGUCCCACCGUUGUCGGUGGUUUGUUUUCAGGUUCCUCUGGCGUUAUUGGACCAACAACAGGUUUUCUUAAUAAUUUGGGCAGCGAACGUUUACCAUCAUUCAAUUCGGGUACAUUGUUGGGCAAUAACGCUUCCACUCAUCAUACUUCAUCAAAUCCUUUGCACUUUAAUUUAAAUAAUACGUCCAAUACCAGUGUCACUGGUAAUUCGGCAUUUACGCCAACCAAUUCAAGCUCCAACACAUCUGGCACUUUUGCCCAACCAGCUAGUCCUAUGGACACUUCAGUUUGCAAAGAAUAGAGUGCUUGAACUGAUAACGCAAUAACAUAAAAACAAUCUAUCUGUAGCAUGAUUAUUUGUUGCACGAAAGCAAACACAAGCACUCAUAAGUUCAUUAUCAUCAACGGGCAAAAAUCAUCAGAAUUAACAUUACAAGCAGGACACAGUAUAGGGGUUGUUGAUAUGUUAUAAGGCACUUCAUUAAGUGAAACGUAACGUGGCAUAAAUUCGGAUUUCUUUUACAAUAGCAGAAAUAUAUAAAUGUUUCGCAUAAUACUUCGCUUAAUAGAAAUUGUUCAACGACUUGAGAUUCUCUGCUACUAAUCCUUUACAAAAAAAAAAAAAAAAAACAAAAAAAAA